AAGGUUAAGAGCAUUAAGGGUCUUGAGUGUUUUGUAAAGGGCGAAUUUUUAGGGUAUUAUUAAUCACAAGUUUAAAAAAGAAAGUUCAAAAACCAAAGCUUUUUUUUUGUCAACGAGUAUGUCAGUGGAAGGAGAAUUUUUUCUCUCUGUUACCGGUUCUAUCGAGCAUGCAGAGUUUUACGAGGUCAAUAACGUUUAUUGCAAGUAUAGCUUUCAUUUCGGACCUGACUGGAGCGUCGUUACGGGAAUCGAAGAAGGGUUGACGCAAAUGUGUAAAUGCAGUAACGAUUCUAGAAAUCUCGCCGUAUGGAACUUUCCAUUGGAGAUUACGUUCAAGAGUACAAAUCCACAUGGAUGGCCACAACUUAUCAUGUCGAUUUACGGCUUGGAUUUUUUCGGUCGCGACGUCAUCAGGGGAUACGGAGUAUGUCAUUUGCCUCUGAAAACUGGAUAUCAUGAAAAAAGGGUGUCGAUAUACGUGCCGGAAUCGUCAUCCAUGUUGCAGCAUUUCAUGGAGUGGUUAACCGGCAGAAGACCGGAAUUAAUUGAUCCCACUAUACUUGCGUCCGGCGGCGGCAGAGAACUCACGCGCAUGAGGGUCGAAGGAGUUGUUACCGUAAUGUUCAACGUUGUUUUGAAGGAUUUGUUUAAGCUGGGUUACGACAACGGUGAAAAAUGGAAGAAAUGAUAACGUCACAUAAAUUCUCUCAGUCUGAAGAGGAUUACCUCGCCAAGGGACUAUCUUGUCAAAAAGUUACGAUAUAUAAUUUCAUUUUAUAAAUAAUAUUUUCUCGAAUA